CUCGUCGUAUGGGAACCAGGCUUUAUACUGUUUGGGGUGUUCUCAUAUAAUCUAGUCGGUAAACGUACGGUAGCCAGACGCCAGUCGGGUAAAAGAAAAACAUACCCUAGCUCCCUGCUCCCUUUCUAGGUGACUUAUAAUUGGCCAUGGCGCAAUCAUUAUCAAGUUUAUGUUCUGAAUAUUCUAAGGAUCCUGAACAUCCUAGAAAUCUUAUUCCUGAGCUGAUGCGUCAAUUUUAUCACAUGGAAUGGGUGACAGGAACAGGUGGAGGCAUUAGCAUUAAACAUGGGGAUGAAAUAUUCAUUGCUCCUUCUGCCGUUCAGAAGGAAAGAUUGAAGCCAGAUGACUUGUUCGUGUGCGACAUCACCGGAAAAGACCUCAGUUUUCCUAGUCCAGCGAAGAAGCUAAAGAAAAGUCAGUGCACACCAUUGUUUAUGAAUGCUUAUACUCUGACAGGAGCAGGAGCUGUGAUUCACACACACUCCAAGCAUUGCGUUCUGGCCACGAUGUUAUGCUCUGGAAAGGAAUUUCGUAUUACUCAUCAGGAGAUGAUCAAAGGGAUGAAGAAAGCAACAACAGAUGUUAAUUAUAGAUAUGACGAAGAGCUGGUUAUACCCAUCAUAGAAAAUACACCACAAGAACAGGACUUAAAGGAGACCAUGAUGAAAGCCAUGCUACAGUAUCCAGAUUCCUGUGCGGUUCUUGUUCGACGGCAUGGAGUCUACGUGUGGGGAGAAACUUGGCAAAAGGCUAAAGUCAUGUGCGAAUGUUUAGAUUACCUGUGCGACAUUGCUGUGAAGAUGAAACUUCUUGGUUUAGAUCCAAAAGCGAAACCAAGCGAGAAUAUGCUCACAGGAUUUUAACAUGAAGUGGCAGUAUUCCCAUUGUAAACACCAUAUGCAUAUAUUCAUAUCUACGCGUAUGCGUACGUAUCUUUUAAUGUGUACGUGUCAUUUUUUAGAGAUUAUCUUUACCACCUUUGAAGUUCGGUUUGAAUUCCCGACUUUUCCGACUCCGACUAUUCCCAUGCAGCGACUUCAAAUUUUUUUAAUACAUGCAAUUCAUUCAAUAAAGCAACAAGCGUUCGCUAAAACCAGAAAUAAACCUUUAU